AUGGGGCCUCUCCUGUUCGCUCUCUUGCUCCUUCACUCCUGCCUCCCUGGAGGAAACAGCGACCUCCGGGAGGACCUGAUGCUGCUGAAGACCGAGCUCGCACUUCGCCUCUACCGGAGCGUGGCAGCAGCGAGAAGUGGAGCAAACAUCGUCAUUUCUCCAGCCGGCGUGUCCAUCCCUCUGGAGAUCCUGCAAUUUGGAGCCCAAGGGAACACCGGCCGGCAGCUAGUAGAGGCUCUGGGUUACACUGUCCGUGACCAAAGGGUAAAAGACUUCCUGCAAGCCGUUUAUGCCACACUACCCAACUCCAGCCAAGGCACCAAGAUGGAGCUGGCCUGCACCCUUUUUGUGCAGGUGGGAACACCGCUCUCCCCCUGCUUUGUGGAGCAGGUCUCCAGAUGGGCCAACAGCAGCCUGGAGCCAGCCAACCUCAGCAAGCCCAUCAGCACCAUCCAGGACAAUGAAGGGGCCUCCAGGCAGACCACAGGUGAGGGCCCAGGUGGCUUGACAUGGGAGCGCAGCGACACAGCACUUGCUCAGCUGGCGCUUGUGAGCACCAUGUCCUUCCAAAGCACUUGGCGACAGAGAUUCUCCUCCAUGGACACUCAGCUCCUGCCUUUCACCUGUGCCCAGGGCCUCGUCCUCCAGGUCCCCAUGAUGUACCAAAUGGCCGAGGUCAACUACGGCCAGUUCCAGGACCCUGCGGGCCAUCAGGUCGGGGUGCUGGAGCUGCCCUUCCUGGGAAGUGCAGCGAGUCUGCUCCUGGUGCUGCCUCGUGACAAAGGUACCCCACUGGCCCGCAUUGAGCCACACCUCACAGCCAGCAUCAUCCACCUCUGGACCUCCAGCCUGAGGAGAGCCAGGAUGGAUGUGUUCCUGCCCAGAUUUAGGAUCCAAAAUCAUUUCAACUUAAAAAGCAUUUUAAAUUCUUGGGGAGUCACUGAUCUUUUUGAUCCACUCAAAGCUAACUUGAAAGGAAUUUCAGGCCAAGAUGGCUUUUAUGUUUCUGAAGCGAUCCACACAGCCAAGAUUGAGGUUUCAGAGGAAGGCACCAGGACAUCUGCAGCCACAGCUCUGCUGUUACUGAAAAGGUCUCGGAUUCCUAUUUUUAAAGGAGAUCGCCCAUUCAUCUUUUUCCUGAGAGAAUCCAACACAGGGUUUGUCUUCAGUAUUGGGAGAGUGUCAAAUCCCCUAGACUAAAUUAACAGAUCUCAAAAGCAUGUUCUCCACUUUCAUCUAUGCUUUUCUUCAUAAAAACUUACAAUUUCAUUUUGCUAUACCCUUGAAAUUUAAAAA